UUCAAAGGGCCCCAGUACAAGAAGUUUGACGAUCUUGCUGAUGCUGAGGAAUUCUUGGGAUAUGACCUGGCUAAAAAAUUGAAGAAAGAAAUUGCUGCCUUGAAACAAGAGUCCAACAACGGUGACAAGUCAUCAUCGUCCUCGUCCAAGCGCAAACACGCAGACGACGACUCUGACCAGGACUCGAGCGGAAGCAGCAGCAGCAACAACAGCAGCAAAAAUAGUAGCCCUAGCAGCAGCACCGGUGCUGGCGAAGAAACCAAGAACAAGAGCAAGAAAAAGCAGAAGGGAUCAGGUAAAGGAGGAGGAGACGAGCAACAGGAUGAGGAACGGGAGAAUAAGUUCCACUUACUUUCCGACGACCUGAUCAUUCGGGCGAAGAAUGUCGACAGAGCCGCUGUCGACUUGACGACGGACGCCGACGGCAGUGUCGUGUGCUACACCGACGGCGCGUGUUUCAUGAUGGGCAAGAAGGGUCAAGUUGCCGGCGUGGGCGUGUAUUUCGGACCCGACAACAAAUUAUACGAAUUUUGUGCAAUCUCUGAUCCAUCAGCUGUUGUUGAUUGCUUGCUGAUUAUCGUUUUCAGCAACAUCGCCGAGCCUGUGAAGGAUGGCAAACCGCACACGAACAACCGAUCCAAGAUCCUGUCAGUCGCCUACGCAGUCGAGUUCCUCAAGGCUGCGGGUAUUAAGAAAGCAGUUAUUCACGUUGAUUCGGAAUUUACGCUCAACUGUGUGGACAAGUGGAGACCCAACUGGAAGAAGAAGGACUGGAAAACUGCUGCGGGUGUCGAUGUCAAGAACAAGGAAGAACUCAAGCUCUUGGACAAAGUUUCGACCAUCGAAAUAAAUUACUCUAUGGCUGCUGACACAAACGAGCCUUCGGGGUAUUCUGAAGCCACGCGGCUUUCGAAGGAAGGAGCCAAGAAAACUCACGACUGAAUCGAUUCAGUCAAAUAACCGUUCGACGGAACUUUUCUUCUCUUCAUUUGUACUCGAAUUUAAUUUGAGAUGAGAAAAAUGCAUCAGCUUCAGAAACGAAGGCGCUUUCGUUUUAGAA